AUGAAGACUAUCCUUCUAUUCUCAUUUGUCUUCAUAUCUGCAUGGACAAUAACCAGCUACCUGGUGAAUGGUUUUGUUCAUGGUGAGUCAAUCGGAUUGAUAAGCGAGUCGUAUUUCGAAGAGACGCCUCCUGAUCCUCCUAUAUAUCCUCCAAGAUGGACAGCAACUGCUCAUUUCCAAUUUUUCAAUAUGACGAAUAAUUCUCCUGCUGGCGCUGGUAUCUUAUACCAAGUAAUUGAUUCUAUCAAUCAAAAAUUUCGAGCCGACGACAUCUAUUUUGCCGGAACAUUUUCUUCUCCCUACGAUACUCUUUUCGCCUCAUCUGACCCUCUCAAUGCAUACCUAUACUAUGCCAGCGUUACACCAAAUGGAAUAUCCUGUGUUGUAUACCCAGGAAAACCAGUGACACUCUCACAAAAUUGGAUUGCAGAGUUAUGUUCGUACAACUCGACAUUAUAUUAUCAGACAACCAAAGCUUAUAGAUGGAAUUGUGCGACGGAUGUUGUAACCUGGUUUAUGGAUACGGCAGCUGUUGAUGGACGCCUCAUUUAUCAACAUACACUCCCUCAACCAUUGUUUGAUGUCUAUCAGGAGUUGUGGUGGACAAAUUAUACUAUUGUUGCAGAAGAAAUUGAUCAAUCAAUCUUCAUUCCACCAACAGGAUGGAAUUGUCCAAACUAUGAAACUCCUCAAUCCGUGUAG